AUGGGUCGUAUGCACGCUCCUGGUAAAGGUAUUGCAAGCUCAGCCUUGCCAUACCGUCGUACUCCUCCUUCCUGGUUGAAAACCACACCCGAAGAUGUUUGCGAACAGAUUUUUAAAUUUGCGAAAAAGGGUAUGACACCUUCCCAAAUUGGCGUGAAUCUUAGAGACUCUCAUGGAAUUGCACAAGUUAAGAAUGUUACCGGAAAUAAGAUUCUUCGAAUCCUGAAGUCUAAUGGUAAUAUUUUGAUCUAUCGCAAUACGAGGUUUGAUUUAUUGGGCUUCAAUACGAUUGAACAUGUUUAUUUGACAGGUUUGGCACCAGAGAUUCCCGAAGAUUUAUAUCAUUUGAUCAAGAAAGCUGUUGCUGAUCCACCGUCUUUCCAGAUAUUACAAGACCUCGGGUCAACUGGCACCGAAUUGGAAAUAGUAUCCUUUACUGUUCUCGUUUUCUUUCAAAUGUCAAACUUUAAAAUAUAUUGGACAUUACACAGAGUUUAUCGAUUAAUUAAGAAUCGCUUUGCUCGCGAAUCUUCAACUGCUAGUGCCUUGGUUGCCUGA